AUCAUGGCGUCCCCGGCUGCUGAAAACAUGGUGGACGCUUCAGAGGAUUCGAGCAGCAGCAACGAAGAGGAUCUUCAGAGAUUCAAGGAGGCGGUUUGGGACACUCAGAGAAACAACACGAAAGGCAAUGGAGACGGUGACAUGAAACACUCAAAACGUGGAAUUGUCACAGAGGGUGCAUGUGAUGGCAACGAACUCCAGGUCACUCGAGGCUUUCAAACACACGUCGCCAAAAAAUUGGGACAAUUACUUGACAGUUUUAUUACAGAGAUGCAGCCGAAAGCUUCACCCUGUGUGACGUCACCAAACCAUGAUGAUGAUGAUGAUGAUGAUGAAGGUUUCCGUCUGUUUUCGACCUCGGUCCCUGGGCAGAGGGCGGUGGAACCUCCAAACCCUGCGAGGCGUCGGCCCGUUCCCAGCUCCAGCGGCAGCGACAGUGAGAUGGAGGUGAGACUGAAGGAGGCGGCAGUGUCCCUCGCCGAUCUCCUCCCCUCGGCGCUGACGACGGAGGCUCCCGACAAGCUGAAGGAAGUGAUGGAAGGCAAGGACAGACAUGUCAUCAGGAAGAAGAAAAAGAAAGAAGGAAGAGAAAAAAAGAUGCAUGUAGACUGUGCCAACAGUGUUGUUGAACAAGAGAUCCUCAAAGUAAAACGGAAAAAGAAACGACUUCCAGCAGAAGACGCAGAGAGAGGAGACAUGAGCCGAGUGUCUUAGGAAUCACUGUCCUUUUUUGUCAGUUUGCUGUCUCGGGUUCGGCUGUGAAUGAUUGAACGUCAGAACCAGAUACAGUAGUGUUCAGAAUAAUAGUAGUGCUAUGUGACUAAAAAAAUUAAUCCAGGUUUUGAGUAUAUUUCUUAUUGUUACAUGGGAAACAAGGUACCAGU